AUGCACAAGAGUCGCCUUUUUGGCAGAAGCCACUGGAUCAACGGCGUCGUAAUGUGGUUCCGGGACGUCUUCGAGAUGAUCGAGCCUCAUGCCCUCAAGGAAGACUCAAAAGCGACCAGUACCAUGCGAAAAUGCAAGGUAUUGGCAAGAAUCAUCAAGGCACGGCGUUCGCCAUCUUGGCCGGCACCGCCGACUCCCGAUCUUCCGCCCCGAAAUGUGGCAGAUAAACUUGUCGACGGUUACCUUUCGACCAUGGAGACGGUAUUGCGCAUUCUCCACAUUCCGAGUUUCAGGAGGGAUUACGAAGCCCUCUGGACACCUGGCACGAAACCCGAUCCAGCUUUCCUCGUCCAGCUGAAGCUCGUGAUGGCUAUUGGCGCCGUAUUGUAUGACAACACAUUCUCCUUGCGUCCGUCGGCGAUGCAGUGGAUAUACGAAGGCCAUACAUGGAUAUCGGGACCGGAGUUCAAGCGAAAGCUCACCGUGCAGUCUCUGCAAACGCAAUUAUUGCUCGUCCUCGCCCGCGAUCUUGUAGGAGUGGACGAGGGGUCGUUAUGGAUAUCAAUCGGCUCGAUUCUGAGGGCAGCGAUGUACAUGGGCCUACAUAGGGACCCUGCAUGUCUACCCAAGCGGACUGUCUUUGCCGCCGAGAUGCGGCGGCGGCUGUGGAACACGAUCCUCGAACUUGCUCUGUUGCACGGGAUGAGCUCUGGUGGGCCGAUUCUGCUGUCGCUCGAAGACUUCGACACCGCGCCGCCAGGGAAUUACGAUGAUGAUCAACUAACAGGGGAAAACCCUUCGCCGAUGCCGGGUAAUUAUUUUACUCAAUCCUCAGUCGCUAUUGCUCUCCGGGAAACCAUCCCCAUCCGCCUCAAAAUCUUGAGAUUCCUGAAUGAUCUUAGUUCGCACGUCACCUAUGAAGAGGCCCUCCGCCUUGAUGCACAGAUGAGGUCGUCUUACAAGAUACUCCGAGCCAGCCUUCAGAAGCAGGAUUCAAAAAAAGGUGUUCCCCCGCCUCAGUUUGCGAUUCGCAUAGCCGAUCUCUUCAUGAAUCGGUUCUUGUUAUCCCUCCACGUCCUCUUCUUCAGUCCUUUGUUGAAUUCCAUGACUUAUGCCUUCUCAAGGAAGGUAGCCAUCGAAACCUCUCUUAAGAUCUGGCACUCGCUGGUCCAACCCUCACCAACCUCGGAUGGUACCUCAGACUCCUGGGAUCUAGGAGACGAUUUAACACGGCUUGUCACCUCCGGCUCGGGAUUCUUCCGCAUUUCUGUCAACCUCGUUAGCAUGCUGAUCAUGGCGGAGCUGAAGCUGCAGCUCCAAGAAGACGAUGGCCUUACCCCAGUACCGCUGCGGCAGGACCUUCUGUCGGUCAUGGACGCUGCCAAAAUCUGGACAAUAAAAGCUAUUGAAAGAGGAGAAACGAAUAUAAAAGGCUAUAUCUUUACCAUUUUGGUCAGCACGCAGAUCGAGUGCCUGAUUGAUGGGGUUGAGAGGGAGGAGAUGGUCCUGCGACUAGUAUCCACCGCCGAGGCCGGGGAGGAGAGGUGCCUCAAGAUACUUGAGGAGCAGGUUGCCGAAGGGCAGCCAGAAGGAAUUGUGGAUGAUGGGAUGAGCCACAUGGCUCUAAGCACGCCGGCCGAUUUCAUGGGGGACUGGGAUUUCUCAGACUUUUCGAUGUUAGAUACACAGUUCAGUUUGGGCAGCAUGGAGCCGCUGGCUUGGGCGUUUGGUGAUGCGCCGCAAGGAAUGUCUUCAUAG